UCCUCUUUACUCAACUGCAAUUGCAUUGGAAGAAGAAGCUCUCAGAGAAAUGGGGUUGAUAGGAGAGAGCAUGGACUCCAUCAAAACUCUUCAGAUCAGGUCAACUCUAUCUCAAGCUGCCACCCUUGGAAUGAUUGUUGCCUCUGCGCUGAUGAUAUGGAAAGGAUUAAUAUGUAUAACUGGUAGCAGUUCACCUGUUGUAGUUGUGCUCUCUGGAAGCAUGGAACCUGGUUUCAAAAGGGGAGACAUUUUAUUUUUGCGAAUGACCAAGGAUCUCAUUCGGACUGGAGAAAUUGUGGUGUUUAAUGUUGAUGGAAAAGAUAUUCCGAUUGUCCAUCGAGUAAUUGAGGUUCAUGAGCGGCAAGAUAAUGGAGAAGUUGAUGUCCUAACCAAAGGAGAUCACAAUCCUAAAGAUGACAGGUUUUUGUACCCUUAUGGUCAACUUUGGCUGCAAAGACACCAUAUCAUGGGGAGAGCUGUUGGAUUUUUACCUUAUGUUGGUUGGGUGACAAUAAUCAUGACUGAAAAGCCUAUUGUCAAGUAUAUUCUUAUAGGUGUUAUGGCAUUGCUUUUCAUUACUUCAAAGGAAUAGAUAUACGCUCACCAGAAAACAGUAAACCAUACUACAUUCUCCAGACAUACUCAUUUGUCAACUGGACCACACGGCUAAAUAACACAUGACAGCAUCUUUGGCUGUAAUCCAAUUUGAUGGACACCUCCCUUGUUACAUUGUUACAACAAAUGCAAUUCCUCAUACUUCUAGCAGUCUUUGUUGGGACGAUGCUAUUCUCAUUCUUAAUCCUCCCACCAUCAUGUGGACUUUAAAUUUGUAGCGUUGAAUGGUAACAACUACACUUGUUCAGCUGGUUCCUGCUCCAUUAGUGCUUAAAUUCGGAAAAUUAACUCA